GCCCCACGUGCAAAGUAAAAAAAAACACAUUUUUUAACAUAAACAAAAAGUGAAUUUGACUGUAAAAAGUUGUUUAAAAUAAUUAAAAGAGAUGGAAGUACAGGCAGAAAAUGACGAGAAAACAUUCAUUGUGACUCAAAUGAUCAAUCCAAGCUAUUUCCAUUUGUUCAAUCCGUACCUACGAGACGAUAAGGCACGAAAUGCACUUGAAGAAAAUUUAAUUUCUGAAAUUCAAAAUUUUGGAUACAAGAAUUCAACAGAAAGAAAGCAUAAAAAGGGCGAUAUUGUUGCAUAUUAUUGGGAAGAUGGUAAACGUUACAUCCGCUGUGAGAUUGAUGACGUCAUCAUGUUUAAUUACAGUUAUCACUACUUUCUAUUCGCACUGGAUUAUGGUGUCUCAUUGUUUACAACAAGAGCUGAAGACAUUAAUCCAAUCUCUGAAAUCAUUAAGUUUUCAAAAAGUCCAAUAAUGAAUAAAGUAGCACUUAAUAUCUUGCCAGCGGUUACCCGAUUUGACUAUUUGAACGAAAAGGAAGAGAUUCUAUUCCACAAUUCAUGGUGUCCAUUGGCAUUAAAGCUAUUCCAACAAAGUCUCGAUAAAGCCUCAGUAAUUUCGUUUGAAAUGUCGGAUAAUUUAACUAAUCAUAAAGGUUUUUUGUUUGGCGACUUAAUCAUCACAACAUUCUAUGGUCUUCAGUUCAGCCUCAGUCAAGUAUUAGUUAAUGAAAAGGUUGCAAAACGAGCAUCAUCGCCAGAAGAAUUUGAAAAGUAUUUUAAUCGAGUCCUUGAACGUGAUAUUGAGCGCUGGAAUGAUAACUCAAAGACUGGUGGAAUCUUAAAGUAUGAGGAAGGUAAACUGCCAUUGAACUAUGAUGACGAGAUUCAAAUUAAGCAGUAUAUAUCAAACUGUGAACCAGUUCAGUCAAGAAAGAUGUCAGUCCAAAAAGUCAUUGAAUGGCAACAAAAGAACGAAAUGUAUAGUCAAAUCUUUCCAAAUGAGGAAUCUGAUGAUACUUCUAACGAGAAGGAUGAUGAAGGAUUCGAUGACACUUUUGUAAAUUCUAAGCGCAAAACUGGAUUUAAAUUGGAGCCAAAUCAAUCAAAAUUGGUCACAAAGAAGUUAAAAUGUGACAAUUUGGAUGAAAGCAUUGUCAGUGGAAUCAGUCGUUCUGUAUCUCAGAUGUUUAAUUAAAAUAAUUGAUUUUAUAUAUAUUUUACUCCACUGAAAUUGUUAUAAACUCAAACAAUCUCCUUAUUCACAUAUACGAUAGCUCCUUAUACAUACAAACAUACAUGCUCACUAUAAUAUGGAAAAACUUUUUUAAUAAUUUUAAGAUGGAAGAAAAAUCUCAUAACUGUAAAAUGAGUAGAAAAAACUUUUUAACAAAAAAGAUGUAUAAGGAAAGAAAAAUGUUAUAUUUCAUAUAUUGAAGGCACAAUAAAGCAAUAUAUCCCGACAGAUGUGGGAUAGAGAAGAAGAAGAAAGAUUCGUGAUAA